AUGCCAUUCGCUCUCCCCCCCCUCUUUCUCUCCUCUCUCUCUCGCUUUCUUCCGUUUACUCUCUUUCCCACUGCCUACUCUCUUUUUCUUUCUCUUUUCCUCUCUCUCUCUCUCUCUCUUUCGCUUUCUUACUCUCUAUUUCUUAUUCCCCUCUCUAUCUUUCUCUCGCGUACUCUCACUUUCUCUCAUUCUCUUUCUAUUUCUUAUUCUCUCUUUCUGUCUUCUCUCUCUCUCUCUCUCUCUCUCUACUUUACUCUAUACUCCCCUCUCUUUCGCAAUCUACACAUCUCUUACUCUCUUUCUCUCUGUCCUUUUAUCUAUCUUCCCCUCUCAUUGUUUCUCUUUCUCCCCCUCUCCUUUUCUGCACUCUUCUUAUUCCCUUUCUUUCGUUCGCUUACUCUCUCUUCUCUCUUUAUUUUACUUACUUCAUCUCCCACUGUAUCUCUUUAUCUAUCUCCAUCUACCUCUUACACUCCUUCUCUCUGUCACUCUCUGUCACUCUCUUUCUCUCGCCAUUCUCUCUUUUUUAAUGCGAACACUUUCUCUCUCUGCACCCUUUUACUCUCUUUCUUCAUCCUCUCACUAUCUUUCCCACGCUAA